UCGCAUUAUGAGGGCAUAUAUGGAGUUGGUGGACAGUGAUGAGGAAUUCCCUAUUGGUGUUUUGCGCGUCAUGGAGGAUGCAAAGAUUGCGAGGAAAGUGUCUCACCUGUGUUGCAUGUUUGCUGUUUUCAUGAUCUCUUCUGUGGCCUAUGGUUACCUGAUGGAAAGGAAUUAUGUGGAACUCAAGUUGGCUGAGGAUGCCAGUUGGUUUGUAGCUGCCAUGAUAUUUUGUUUCCAAUCAAUGUGUGCUGUGUCACACAUGACUUGGCAUCAGCAACGAAUCCCCGUUUUCAGCGUGCCAAAAACCCACUUGGCGCUUUUGGGUGCGAUUAGCAUGACAUCUUCCGGAUUUUCAGCGUACUCCUUGAAAUAUGUCAACUAUCCUACAAAUAUCAUGGUGAAAUCGUGCAAAUUGUUGCCUGUGAUGAUUGGAAGUGCGAUUAUGCUCAAGAUCAAAUACCAGUGUUCAGAUGUCACUAGCUGUCUCUUGAUGUGUUUUGGAGUUGCAGCAUUUGUGCUGGCAGGAAAGGACAUCACACCCAACUUCAGUUUUCUGGGCAUCACUGCUUUGGUGAUCUCUGUGAGUGCUGAUGGUCUCUUGGGGAACAUGCAAAAGAAGCUGUUUCAAAACACUCCCCAAUCUUCAGCUGAAGAAUUGACAGCUGGCACCACCAUGUUUGGUGCAGCCAUUAACCUCACCUUGCUGUUCUUCUCUGGCAACUUGUGGUCUUCAGUGAUGAAAGUGCAGGAAAAGGGACCUCUAACAUGGAUGCUCUUAGUUGCUCAAGCCACCUUUGGGUAUAUCAACACAACAGUAGUGUUGAUUUUAGUGGAAGAGUUUGAUCCCCUCACUGCCAUGAGUAUGGCCACACUGAAAAGAGUGGUGGCCAUCAUUGGAUCCUUCAUUUUCUUCUCCAAAGCAUUCUCCUAUCAGUACCUGUGGUCAGGUGUUCUAGUCCUUUUGGGUUUGUAUGGCAUUGUGUUUUCCAAGUUGAGGAGGGAUGCAGCAGAACAAAAGAAGAAGUCUGAACAAGGGAUGAAUAAUUGUGUCUGAACUUGUUUUUGAUUGUUGGCAUGAUGAUCUGGGUUAUUCAUUUUGGGUGUUGUUUUUUUUGCAAUGAUGAGAAUGAGGAUGUGAUGCUCUACUUUUGCAGUGACAUGAUUAUUUCUUACUCUUUUUUUUUCUGGCAGGCAGGAUGAAUUUUAUGAUUAUUCUCUGGAUGCAUUGUAUUUCAUUUCUCUUCCUUUAUACUGUGGAAGGUGAUCAAGGAAGCGGAAGGUAAUUUGUCAUUAUAACCCUGACAAAAUUAUCUACAAUAAUAUUUUCCCAAAG